CAUUCUCACUAAUCAUAAUUAUUAUUUUUCGCAAAAUAUAAAAAAGAAAAAAAAAGCUUGGAGGGAGGGACAAACACGCCAACCCAAAAACCAGAAAAAGGUUUUUCAAUAUUUGAUUCAUCGAAUCUCAAAUCCCAAUUCUGUCAUCUCUCUCUGUCUCUCUCGAAAUUUGUUUAAUUUUCUCUGUUACUUUGUUGUUGAUGGAGGUUGUUCAACCCCUCUUCCAAACGUAUCGUCUCUGUUAUCACCAUAACUUCUUCUUCUUCUGAUUGCCCAAAACCCUAAAUUUGGUGUUUUUACAUUUUGGGCAAUUGAGAUUUUGAUUGAACGACGAUUGGGCGGCCAUGUUUCCGUGGAGCAUCGCGAAGUCGGCCGAGGCGAUGUUCUCGCGGUGGGCCGUUAGAAGGGUUUGCAAGUUUGUAUUGAAGAAGAAAUUGGGUCAGUUUUUGUUGGGUGACAUUGAUAUCGACCAACUCGAUGUUCAGCUUACAAGGGGCACAAUUCAGCUUAAUGAUCUCGCUCUUAAUGUCGAUUAUCUCAAUGAGAAGCUUGGUGCAGUAGCAUCAUUAAUAAUUAAAGAAGGAUCAAUCGGAUCUUUAAUGGUAAAAAUGCCUUGGAGUGGCGAAGGUUUCACUGUUGAGGUGGAUGAACUUGAGCUUGUGCUUGUUCCUGGUAAAGAGUAUUACACACCUGCUGUAGCUGAAACUCAUAACUCCGGUCAGGAUGAACAACUUCAUCAAGACUUGGGAAAGCUUGAUCAGGACAUGAUGGACAAUGCUUCAAAGUCUACCAUUGGAGAUGUACAUGAAGGUGUUAAGGCCAUUGCAAAGUUUGUUAAAUUGUUCCUUACAAGUUUCAAUGUAAAGAUAAACAAGUUGAUAGUAGCAUUUGAUCCAUGUCUUGAGAAGGAUGGAAAUAGUUUAGGUUCUCAUAGAACUUUGGUACUGCGGAUUUCAAGUAUAGAAUGUGGAACUCAUCUUUCAGAUGAUGCUAAUAGUAAAGGCGAAGCAGAAAGUGAGAGUUUCUUUGGGAUGAGUCGUUUGACUAACUAUGUGAAGUUUCAAGGAGCAAUACUUGAGCUUCUUCAAUUAGAUGAUGGUGAUAAAGAAUCAUCCUUUCCAUGUUUGCCGUCACAGAGUAUCAGAACACCAAUCAUGACAGGGAAAGGAGGUGGAUUUUCAGGGAACUUAAAACUAAGUAUUCCUUGGAAAAAUGGGUCAUUAGAUAUCCGCAGGGUGGACUCAGAUGUUUCAUUUGACCCUAUAGAAUUGCAGUUUCAGCCCAGCACAAUUAAGUGGUUAUUACACUCGGUUGAAGCUUUUAGGAAUUUGGAGAAGGACAGAAGUGAUUGUAUGCUUCAGAAGGCAGCAGAGUCUUGUCACCAUACUUCUGCUCCUUACAGUAUCUCACCUCAAUCUGCUUCAGUUGCAAUUUCAACAAGCAAGACAAUUCCAGUUUGUGGUGGUUCCUCCAAUAAAUUAUCUUCUUUGACAGUGCAAGAUUUGUGUGAUGACACUUUGCAAUCUGGGCCACAUCUUAUAUCAGAUUGGGUACCUCUGUCGACCAUUCAUAAUAAAAAUGUUGGUAUUGAGGAAGAGCUUGAUUUUGGGGCAAGUGUGGACCAAUUUUUUGAGUGCUUUGACGGGAUGAGAAGUUCUCAGUCAGCAUUAGGGAACAGUGGGAUGUGGAACUGGACUUGUUCUGUCUUCAGUGCUAUUACUGCUGCCUCAAGCCUUGCUUCUGGAUCCUUGCAUAUCCCAUCUGAACAACAGCAUAUUGAAACCAAUGUCAAGGCAAAUUUUGCUGGAGUUUCAGUUUUCUUGUCCUUCCAAGAUGAGGACAAGAAAUUUAUGUUCAAGGGUUAUCAAAUAAAUUCUGGUUCAUAUAUUCCUUACUUGGGUGCAGAGUGCAGAGACAUCCUUCUCAGUAUGCAGGUAUCUCCUCAAGAAAUAAGAUAUGAAGGAUUCAUGAAGUCAAUAGAGAUUGCUAAUUACUUGAGUCAUAAAGGUGACAACUUAGAAAUAGGAACGAAAGGUCCCAUUGAAAAUAUUAGCAGCCAAAAUCUUUAUAUUCAGCAGUUGCAAGCAAAUGUUCAAGGUGCUCUUCCACUGCUUGCCCCAUUGGCUGAGGACUCACAUGAGCUAACCAGUUCUACGGCUAAAAAUUUUCCAUUUGGAAAGGAACACAAUGUGGUCAAAAUUCCAUUGCUUACAACUGCAGGUGUCACUCAUUGUCAAUUUACUACGAAAUUAAGUUCACAAGAUGGAAAUCGAGAAAGACCAGUAGCAUCCUUUGAAGUGGAGUUGGCUCCGUUUGUUUUCUGGGUGGACUUCUCCUUGAUAAAUAUGUUAUCAGAACUGGUGACGGAAAUUUUAGAAUCUGUUGAGAAAGGAGAUGAAUUUUCUUCGAAAGCUUUUCAUAGGAAUGAUGGAUUGACUCUUGGAGAAGUUAAAAGAGGUAGUAGCUCAUGUGUUAAGACUUUGUCCUCAACCCAAAGUUUGGCUGGUAAUAUAUUGAUGACUAGUGCAAGGGUGAUCCUGUGUUUUCCUUUCAAGAGUGAUAAAGAUGUUAGAAGUUUUGCUUCCUGGGAUCAAUUUGUUGCUCUUGAUUUUCAUCUACCAUCAAGCGGCGGUGGUGGAUUAGUUCGAGAAAGUGGUCCAACUUCAGAUGCAGCUAAACAGAAAAGCUAUUCUUCAACUGCCACUCAUUCUAUACAUUUGAAAAUCAGCAGUCUUGACAUUUUCCUGGUCACUCCUGUAAGUAAGGAUGGUGCUAGUGUGAAUAGCCCUGGUAGCAUACACCAGCAGAAAUUUUUUGGACAGAACAUUUUGUCUGUUGCCAACAGACCAGGUUGUUUUUCUACAAUUAGUAUGAUUUUGCAGGAUAGUAAUGUAACUGGACCUUGGAUAGCAAAGAAGGCCAAAGUCAUGGCCACUUUUGAGGACUCAAAGAGAAGUUAUAAUUCUGUUCGAGAAAAUAAUGAAUUUGCUUCUUUUUCUACUGCGAAAGAUCUGGAAGAUUUAAAUGUUCAAACUCGAGAGGAGAUGAUAUUGAGUUCUACAUUUUUCCUGCACGUUCAUCUUUCUGCUGUUACAAUAAAGUUGGGAAGAUUUCAAUAUGAAGCCUUAGUUGGUCUUGUGGAUCAGAUUGUAAAUGGGUUGGGCCUGGCUUCUGAUGAAUUCAGUGUUAAGGAUGUAUCUUCGGUCUCUCAGACAUCUAUUUUUCUUGACUGCAGUGCUUUAGAAAUUUUGAUUAGCCCAGAAGUAAAGGAGAAUAUUAGAGGCUCAAUUCAGAGUGAACUUCCUGGAUCAUGGCAUCAUUUGAAAUUAAAAAUUCGGAAGUUUGAAUUGCUUUCUGUCUCAAAUAUAGGAGGCAUUAGAGGUGCCAAAUUUUUCUGGCUAGGACAUGCUGAAGGAAAAUUGUGGGGAUCCAUAACAGGUGUUCCCAAUCAAGAGUUUCUUUUGAUUUUAUGUAAUAACUCAACAAUGAAACGUGGUGAUGGUGGAGGCUCAAAUGCAUUGUCAUCUAGGUUGGCUGGUUCUGAUAUUAUACACCUAUGGGAUCCUGAAAGUUUUCAUGAUUUUACAUCUAUAUCUCUCAGGUGUGCCACACUUAUUGCAGUAGGGGGUCGUUUAGAUUGGUUGGAUGCAAUUUCCUCAUUUUUCAGUGUUCCAUCUGCCAACAAUGAAAACCCAGCUAAUGAUUGUAUGCAAAAGGGGGAACUGGAUGUGUCUAGUGGAUCCUCUUUUAUUCUUAGCUUUGUUGACAUCGGAUUAAGUUAUGAGCCAUAUGUAAUGAAUUUGGUUGUCAAAAGUAAAGUUUUGGAUCCAGAUUCUUGUUCUUCAAAUGCAAAACAAGAGAUAAGUACAGAAAAUGUUGCUUGCUUGUUGGCUGCAUCAUCCUUGAACAUUUCAAAUUUGACUUUGGCUGAUUCGAUGGAAAAGGAAUUUAAAAUUAGUGUUCAUGAUAUUGGACUACUUAUUCAUGUAGUAUUGGAGCCUGAGAAUGUUAGUGGCAAUUACAAUGCAGAAUGGCUUCAGAAGACUGGCUAUGUUAAAGUAGCUCGGGAGGCACUUUUUGAAGCAAUUCUGCGAACUAACUGUAAGAGUGGCCUUCUUUGGGAGGUAGAAUGUUCUAAAUCUCAUGUUUUCAUGGAAACUUGCAAUGACACUACUUCCAGUUUAAUUAGUUUGGCUGCUCAACUUCAAAAACUAUUUGCCCCAGACAUGGAGGAGUCAGUCGUGCACUUGCAGAAUAGGUGGAAUAGAGUUCAGCAAGAACAAGAUGGGGAAGAUUUGACGCGUGCUGCUGGAUUCUGUACACGGGAUUCUUUACCAUUGACUUCUGAAAUGAAUUCUUCAAGUCAGGCUGUAAAAAGUGAACCUGGUUUGGUUGGGUUAAUGAAUGAGAUAUGUGAUGAUGCAUUUCAAAUAGAUGACAAUCAAAUUUCCCAGUAUGAUUCUUCUGAAUCAAAAAUAUAUGUUUCAGUGGAUGAGAACCUUAUUGGAGAACUGGGCACCUGUAUUGAUGGUCCUGAAUUUUUGUCUCAUGGUUUGCAUUUUGAUGAGUCAGUGCCUGUUGUGGGAUUUGAGAGUAGUCAAACCUCUUCCUCACUUGAAAGUGACUUUCCGGAGUUCAUCGAACUCUAUUGUUCGUCUGAAGUGCAGCCAGUUACGGAAUUAUCUGUUGGUGGACCUUCGCAGAAGAUUCAUAAAGGGAGUUCUAGUGGCGCUUAUGGUGUAGAUUCUGGAACAGGAAGUAGCGGAUGGUAUGAAAAAGCCCCCUUAAAAAUUGUAGAAGACCACAUUUCAGAGUUGAGAAGUGAGUGCAGCAUUCAAAAAUUUGAGGGAACUAAGUGUCCCUAUACUGACAAUACAGAAGCCCAAGGUUUCAGAAAGGCUAUUGGAUGUGUACUUCUUAAGAACAUUGAUGUUAGGUGGAGAAUGGUUGCUGGUUGCGACUGGAAAGAUUGCAAAGGGAUUGAUCAGAAGUCUACAAAUAAUGGGGGCAGGAAUACAACUGUAUGCCUGGAGCUUUCACUUUCAGGGAUGGAAUUUCAGUAUGAGAUUUUUCCAGUUGGUGGAAUACACGUUUCUAAGCUCUCUCUUUCAGUUCAAGAAAUUCACCUAUAUGACUUGAGUAGAGACGCUCCUUGGAAGCUGGUGUUAGGAUAUUAUCAAUCAAAGGAUCAUCCUCGAAAAUCAUCUUCAAAAGCAUUUAAGCUGGACUUGGAAGCUGUCAGGCCAGAUCCUCUAAUACCUCUUGAAGAGUACCGAUUACGCAUAGCAUUUCUUCCGAUGCUAUUGCAUCUUCAUCAGUCCCAACUUGAUUUCUUUAUCAGUUUCUUUGGGGCAAAAAGCUCAUCAGUUGACCAAUCUCCAAGUUGUCGUCAAGAUUCAGAUAGUUCAAAAUCGUUGACAAGCAACAAUCUUGCACAGCAUAAUAUUGCUGAGGAGGCAUUUCUUCCAUACUUCCAGAGCUUUGAUAUAUGGCCUCUUCUUGUUCGUGUUGACUAUAGUCCUUGCCGUGUUGAUUUAGCUGCGUUGAGUGGUGGGAAUUAUGCGGAACUUGUUAAUCUUGUGCCCUGGAAGGGGGUUGAGCUGAAGCUCAAACAUGUUCACGGUGUUGGUAUCUAUGGCUGGGGCAGUGUAUGUGAAACAAUCAUAGGGGAGUGGUUGGAAGAUAUAUCCCAAAAUCAAAUUCAUAAAGUAUUUCGUGGUCUUCCUCCCAUCCGUUCGGUGGUUGCUCUUGGUGCUGGUGCCGCAAAGCUGGUCUCUUUGCCAGUUGAGAGCUAUAGGAAGGAUAAGAGAGUAAUUAAAGGAAUACAAAGAGGUAUAACAGCAUUCAUUAGAAGUAUAUCAGUUGAAGCUGUUGGACUUGGAGUCCAUUUAGCAGCCGGGGCUCAUGACAUUUUGCUCCAAGCAGAAUAUAGGCUUACAAACAGUGAUCCUAGCAUACCAAGGGCGGUAUCAAGUAAAAUGAAGGAAAAUGUUAGAUCUAAUCAGCCCAAAGAUGCCCAACAAGGAAUUCAACAGGCUUACGAGAGCCUAAGCAAUGGCUUGGAAAAAUCUGCUUCUGCCUUAGUUGGGACCCCUUUUAAAAAGUAUCUGCGGGGAGCUGGCGCAGGCUCUGCUUUGGCAGCUGCUGUUCGAGCAGUUCCUGCAGCUGCUAUUGCACCAGCAUCUGCAUGUGCAGGCGCUGUACAUUAUACUUUUCUUGGCUUUAGAAAUAGCCUUGAUCCCGAGCGUAAAAAAGAGUCUAUUGAGAAAUAUCUAGGACCGAAUCAACCAUGGGAACAAAACUGAAUUGAUGGCAGGGAACAUGGGUGUUCCUCAAAAGAAAUACUGUUAUUCCCAAUCCCAACCAUGGGCAGAUCUUACUGAGCUCUACCCGUCAGUCAAUCGGUCGACACGUUAAAUCAAUUGUAUCCUGUGAGUAUAACUGUUAGUAGCUCAUAAUCUACUACAAUAGUUUGUAUUAUUCAUGAUUUUAGGUCUUAUGGCUUGUUUCAGAAGCGCAUUAGCUGGAUCAUGGCUGAGCUUUCGAGUGAUUCUUUUUCCAUGGAGGCAAAACGGUAACUUUGUACAUAAUUGUAGAUAUUAGUUAGAGGGUGCUUAUCAAAAUUCUUAUUGUAUUAUUAUUACACUGACAGUUGACGAGCCUUUUAGGUAUAGGUAUCAGAUUGGGCAUUAUUUGUAUAUUUGUUACCUUUUCUCACAACCAUUCUUUUGAUUCGAAGCCUUCAAUUUAAAUUGUAAAUUGCUUUUUAGUUAUUGUAAAUAGCUUUUGAUUUGUUCAUUGGUUUAAUGAGAAGUGCUUCUUUUAGAAGAAAAGAAAAA